GUUCUUCAAGGUCUUGACUAUCUACACACAAAAUGCAAAAUCCUGCACACGGAUAUCAAACCAGAGAAUAUCCUUUUGUGUGUCAACGAACAAUACCUCAGUCAAUUGGCAGCUUCUGUACAACAGGAAGUGGGAGAAGCACCUCUGAGAUUAUCAGAGGUAAUGCAAGCAAAGCAAUCACUUGUAAACCCUUUGGACCCUAAACAUGCUGAAAAAAUAGGUGUGAAAAUUGUGGACCUUGGAAGUGGCUGCUGGACGUUUAAGCAUGUUUCAGAGGAGAUCCAAACCAGACAGUAUCGUGCACUGGAGACUAUCCUUGGAGCUGGCUAUGGGUCCCCUGCUGACAUAUGGAGCACAGCCUGUAUGGCAUUUGAGCUGGCAACAGGCGAGUACCUAUUUGACCCUCGAUCUGGAAAGACUUUCACUCAAGAUGAGGACCAUGUUGCACAUAUUAUUGAACUGCUGGGGAGAAUCCCAUUGAAUUGUGCAUUAUCUGGAAAGUACUCCAAAGAAUUUUUCAACCUGAAAGGUGAGCUACGUCAUAUCAAGACACUAAGACACUGGGGAUUGUACGAUGUCCUUGUAGAGAAAUAUGAGUUCCCCUUGGCAGAUGCAGCUAUAUUUUCAGAUUUUCUUCAUCAAAUGCUCAAGUUUAUACCAGAAGAACGGGCAACUGCAGCAGAAUGCCUCCAACACCCAUGGCUGGUGAUUUAGGUCCCUGAAAACCUUUUCUUUCCUUUUCUCAGAGAUAGUAAGAACUGCCAAUGCUGGAGUC